UUCCAAGGUUGUUAAAUUAUCAAUCCCAAGUCAUGUCUACAGCAAAAGAUUUUAAAGAAGCUUUCAAGAAGAUGGAUCAGUACAAUAAUGGUGAGAUUUCAUGGGAAGAAUUAAAUUUUCAUGACAUACGCAACCGUUCUCUUCCUAUGACGAUGUCUCAAGUCGAUAAUAUGUUUGGAGAGCUUGAAACUGAUGGCGAAGACCGAGUUUUCGGAGCUUCUAAAUAUCUUGUUAAUCAGCUUCAUUCAUCUCUUCCGGUUAAACAUGAAGAUGUGAUUAAUGAAGAGCUGAAGAAGGAGGUUAGUAUGCUUAAACAUGAUAGUAGUGCUAAGAAAAUUGAGAAUCAGGUUGAAAUUCCGAAGACACCAGUUGUUGAAGAGAAGAGCUCCAAAGAGUUGGAAGAUUGGGUUGUAGUAGAGAAGAGCUCCAAAGAGUUGGAAGAUUGAGAAUCAGAUUGAGUUUUAUUAGGCUUUAGUAUUUUUGAUUUGGUUUAAUUUUUUGUUUUGUGUUUUGGGAUUUUGAUAGAGCUUUAUUUCUUUUCCAGAAAUUUAGGGUUUUCUUUUGUUGCUUCAAUUUAUGUUUUCACAUUGUGAGGUAACAAAAACAUUCCUUACGUUUUAUUAGGCUGC